CAGGAUUACAAAUAAUUUGCAUCUACGAUAUUUUGCGAUUGUAGACUUAAGAGUUUUCCUAGACGUAGUGUUACUGUAGUAUAAUAUGUUUUUAGAUAAGAUAGGAAAUGUUAGAUUGGUGUAGUAUAUCGAUAAAACAUUAUAAUGGGAUAAGUCAAUUGUAAAUAUUAAUAUAUGUGUUGUAGUGACGUUUGUCCUGGCUCAAAAAGACAAUGGAACAUUUUGGCCUAUCACAUAUUUUAUUCGAACCGGAUAAAUAUAGUCCCGAUACGUUGGACUUAUUAGCUGAUGAAGAAGCCAGAGAAUAUUGGCUAAAUACGUGUGAAAAACUUGUUGAGAAAUAUGUAAAUUUUGCUCUUUCUAAUAAUGAAGAUCCGACUGUUGAAAUAAGAGCUUUAAAAUUUAAAACUUGUUAUGUUGAGGCUUUGAAAGAGCUUCGAGUUAAUCCCCUUGCUCAUGGACAGUUGACUAUACGAUUACUUCUCGACGUCAACGAGACUUGCCUUCGCUCUCAGGGAUUUUUUGACCUAUGGAAACAACAGAAAAAGUAUGAAAAUGAAACAGCUCUUGCCAGUUUGUCAACCAGAUUGUCAGAGUUGGAUGCAUUGCCUGAUAAUAGACAGAGAUGGACCGAAUUAUGCAGAGGUGUUUUAGCUGGGAAUAUGUUUGAUUGGGGUGCUCAAGCUGUUACUUCAAUUUUAAAUUGUGGCCUCUAUGAAGCCCUACAGAAGAUACAAAAAAGACCUUGGUUGUAUGAUGGUUUAGAUAAAUGGAUUGAGAAGUUAGAGAAAACAGUUCAUCACUGUGCUGCUGUUUUUGUAGAUAACAGUGGUGUUGAUAUUGUUUUGGGAAUACUACCAUUUGUAAGGGCUUUGUUACUAAGAGGCACAUCAGUAAUAUUAUGUGCUAAUGAGUGGCCAGCUCUAAAUGAUGUUACCAAUGUUGAGUUGCAAGAAGUUCUUCAACAUGCAUCUCAAAUUUGUCCAGUUUUAGCUGCCGCAAUGGCUACUGGCGAUUUAGUUGUUAGGUCUAAUGGACAAAGAGGUCCUUGCCUUGACUUUAGAACAGUCAGUGUAGAUCUGUGUACUGAAAUGAAGAUGCGUGGAGUAGACUUAAUUAUAUUAGAGGGUAUGGGGAGAGCUCUACAUACAAAUUUAAAUGCUCGUCUUGCUGUAGAUUCACUCAAACUGGCUGUAGUAAAGAAUGCAUGGCUAGCUCAGCGACUAGGUGGUCCACUGUUUUCAGUGAUUUUUAUAUAUGAAGAAAAACCUUUAGUAACAUAACAAAUCCAUUUUGUAUUUAUUUAUGAAUACAGUAUUUCAUAAAACUUAAUGUCUUGCUAUUCAUUUAUAUAUUUGUGACCUUUCUGGAAACAUUAAAAUUUUUAAGAUGUUUAAUCAUUGAUGUUACUAAUGUAAAGCAGUUUUGCAAUAUAUUCAGUGUUACCCUGCAA